UCCGGGGUUGAAUUCUAAGGAACCAGAUGUGCCUUCAAAGACCUACCAGUCUUUCGGUUGAUGCAGGUGAAAAAUCAGCUAAAACUGGUGAUGGAAAUUCAUAGCUACCUUACAGACUGAGGGAUGGAGGCGAAGCAGAGCAACAGCCAAAACUUGACAGUGGAGGGUACGAGUGAACUGGGAAAAGCUAUAGAUCCAUAUUCAGAUUCGGAUUGGGAAUGGGAUAUGAAUUCAGAUUCGGAUUCGGAUUCCGAUUCCGAUUCCGACACUCUGGGAUUUAGUAACGAUCAGGGGGAGCAGAUUCAUCAGCGUUGGAAGUGGCUGAAGUUGCCUUGGAGGCGGCCGUUGUCUUCACAUACUGUGAGAUUUAGAAAUGAUCUGGGCGAGGUCUCGCAGAGGUUGCUGCGGCGGUGGCCGUUGUCUUUCGAAGGGGAUCCCAAUCCUAUGAAUCUUCGGAAGAGGGUGAUGAAGUGGUUGGAUAAGAAGGCUCAAUUUGAUACGAAGGCUGAGGCAUCAGGACCGUCGUGUGCUCACUCUCAAAAUUUGAUUUAUAUGAAACAUCGGAAGAGGUUGAUGAAGUGGUUGAAGGAGUUGGAUAAGAAGGCUCAAUUUGAUAGGAAGGCUGAGGCAUCAAGAGCUUUGCGCUCUCAAAAUUUGAUUCGAAGCAAAAUCAAUGUAACUGGGCCUUCCACACAGUUAGAAGAUGACAGGAGUGUCCACGAAAGAAUCAAGCAGAGUGCUGAGAUAUUGAACAGGACGAAGGAUAUUGUGUGCCUUAUUAUAUCUUAUCCUCCUAUGAGCUUGGUGAACGGAGAAAGCUACAAGCAGAAUCAAUAUAAGUGGGUUCGGGACAUUUUGAAGAUCAAUGAUGUGGUGAGAGAAAUGGAAGCACCUUCAAAGAAGAAAGAGAUUGAUGCUUUUAAGUUAGAGAAUCGAAUCAGCACACUGAUGACUCGUUACAUGGAUGAAAUUGAACCUUUAUUUCCCCAAGUUGUGAUUGCGAAGAGCUUUAGCGGGAUUGAUGUAGAAAGGCAUGGCCAAAUAAUGCCUACGCCAAAAAGAAUAUAUGAUUUGGCAGUGGACUUUGCUAUUCGUGAAAUUUUACAAUAUAUAGAAUACCCUAAAAUUCGGAAGAUUGGGAUUUCAGGAAGCCAUGGAGAAACAGUUAUUUCAAAAUUGCGGGGCGAACUACAGGAAUGUUGUAUAUUUGAUCAUGUCAUUGAUGUUGAUGUCUCAAGAUGUUCCACCAUUGAAGAGAUUAGAUUUUCAAUUGAACGGGAGUUGUUUCCACGGAAAUUAGAUGAAACACUGAAAGGCACAAACUUCUUCAUCCUUCUUCAUGAGGUUGGUGAAAGGGUAAAUCUUUAUGACAUGGGGACCAACUGGUGGAACUCAAAGAAAAUUCAAAAGAUGGUUUAUACAACUAAUUCUCAGAAUGUUGAUAAUGUAACGGCAGUGGGUGUAGAGAUCAGGAUGGAGAAUCAUCUGUUAUCAUGGGAAUUGUUCUGUGUGAAUGUUGGGGAAGUUGUGCAUUCUUCAGGGAUCCAACGCCUCGCCAUAAAUGUGGUUGAAAAGUGUUGUGGCCAUUUACUUGCUGUUGUUAUAAUGGCAAGAGCUUUGAAAGAGGUGAAUGAUGUUUUGAUCUGGGAAUAUGCAUCUUACACACUAGGCUUGCAACACAGAUCUCAGACAAAAGAUAGAGUCUUAUUUAAUGCAUUGGCAUUCAUGUGGGGCCGUUCAGAUUCGACAAAGAAUCAUGUACAAUACUGUGUAGGCAUGGAGAAUUGGGGUCAGAUGGAGAAAGUGCAUUUGAUUGAAGAGUGGAUCACAAGCGGCUUGGUAGGAACAUUUGAUGAAGGUGAACAGAUUGUGGGGGAUCUUGUCAAUGCCUUCUUAUUAGAGAGUUUUCAGUAUGGAGAUUCUAAUUUUGUCCGAAUGCGAAGGGAAAUUCAUGAGGAGUUAUUAAACUUAUUAAGAUUUGAAUCAUGUUCACCCUUUCUUAGGCUGGGUGGAUGGGAACUAACUGAACCACCAAAAGAUGAGGCAUGGGAAAAAGCCAGUGAGAUGCAUUUGGUGAAUAAUAAACUUUCGGAGCUACCAACGAGUCCUCAUGGCUCACAACUCAAAGUGUUGUUUUUGCAGUCCAAUCACCAUUUGAGAGCUAUUCCUCCAAUGUUCUUUGAAGGCUUGCCUGUCCUCCAAAUUCUAGACUUGUCCUACGCUAGAAUCAGAUCUUUACCACAAUCUCUCUUUAAGUUAUUCGAACUUCGAAUUUUCUUUUUAAGAGGCUGUGAACUUUUAAUGGAGCUGCCACCUGAAGUUGGAAAACUCGGGAAUCUUGAGGUGCUCAAUCUUGAAGGCACUAAAAUUACAAAACUACCUGUAGAAGUUUAUAGACUAAAAAAGUUAAAAUUCUUGAAAUUGUCCUUUCAUGGAUACAGAAAAAGUCAGUCAUCUACACUGAUUCCUCUGAAUGUGAUACAAGAAUUGUCUCAAUUGCAAGAUUUAAGCAUAGAUGUGAACCCUGAUGAUGAACGAUGGAAUGCGACCAUGGAAGAUAUUGUACAGGAAGUGUGCAGCUUAGAACAGUUGGAGGCUCUAAAACUUUACGUGCCACAUGUUGCACCACUUGAUCACUUUAUGAGGGAUGGAACUUCGUCGGUAUACCUGUCAUUGGUCCACUUUAGAUUUGUUGUUGGCAGCCAUCACAGCCGCAUUAUAUCUCGACUACCACAUGAAGUUGCAGUUAAAUUUGAACUCCAGGAAAAGAGCCUGAAGUAUGUGAAUGGUGAAGGCAUUCCAAGUCAAAUCAUGGAGUUACUCCAGCAUUGCACUGCUUUGUUCCUGGAUCGCCAUUUAACUCUCACCAAGCUAUCUGAAUUUGGGAUUGGAAAUAUGAAGAAGCUAGAAUUUUGUGUAUUGGGGGAAUGUUACAAGAUUGAAACCAUUGUGGAUGAAGCAGAAAAUUGUAAACAACAAGAAGAUGAUGGAGAUGUUUAUGGAGAAAAUAUACUUGGGUCUCUACAAUUCUUAAGGCUUCAUUAUAUGAAGAAUUUAGUGAGCAUCUGGAAGGGACCAGUUUGGAGGGGUUGUUUAUCUAGUCUAAAGUCCUUGGCAUUGCAUGAAUGCCCACGGCUGACUACCAUUUUUACUUUGGGUUUGCUUGAAAAUCUCAACAGCUUAGAGGAGCUAGUGGCUGAAUGGUGCCCUGAAAUCAACAGCAUAGUGACCCUUGAAGAUCCUGCUGAACAUAAACCAUUCCCCUUGAGAACAUAUCUCCCUAAUUUGAGGAAGAUAUCACUUCAUUUCAUGCCUAAAUUGGUCAACAUUUCUAGUGGUUUACCCAUUGCACCAAAAUUAGAAUGGAUGAGCUUCUAUAACUGCCCGUGCCUUGGAACUCUGUCUGACAAGGAAUUCUGUAGUAAUAGUAUAAAUGUGAUCAUAGGAGAGGCAGCCUGGUGGAGGUCAUUGGAGUGGAGUUCAUUUUUUGGAUUUGCUCAUCAGCGUAAUGUAUUUGUCCCCAUUAAAAGGGAUGAAGAUUUGACGACUCAGCUAGAAGAAAUUGAGAAUCAGCUCCUUGCUCAGAGGCAAGAAAGAAAGCCUUCUCAACAGUCAGGUGAAGCUGAGAGGAAAGAAAGAAAGCCUUCUCAACAGUCAGGUGAAGCUGAGAGGCAAGAAAGAAAGCCUUCUCAACAGUCAGGUGAAACUGAGAGGAAAGAAAGAAAGCCUUCUCAACAGUCAGGUGAAACUGAGAGGAAAGAAAGAAAGCCUUCUCAACAGUCAGGUGAAGCUGAGAGGCAAGAAAGAAAGCCUUCUCAACAGUCAGGUGAAGCUGAGCGGAAAGAAAGAAAGCCUUCUCAACAGUCAGGUGAAACUGAGAGGAAAGAAAGAAAGCCUUCUCAACAGUCAGGUGAAGCUAAGAGGCAAGAAAGAAAGCCUUCUCAACUGUCAGAUUAUGGUGGCUUCUCGAAGGCCCUUGCAUUUGUGGCCACAACUGCCUCAAAGGAAAUGGAACUAAGGAUGGCCUUAGAAGCAGCAGCAGUGGAAACAGCAGUGACUGAUGUAUAUAGAGAUGGGCGAAGCUUAUUAAGUUGGUCUGGUCGUAAAUUUGGUUAUUGGAAGAAUCUAAAAAGAAACCAUGAAGAUUUAAUGCAGAAAGCUAGAGAGCUUUGGGAACUGAGCAAUGGCAUAAGGGAAGGAAUAAGCCAAAAUAGAAUCAAGCUAGACACAGCAGAAUGGAUAGUUAAGGUGGAGAUGAAUGAAAGUGAAGUGAUAGAACUAGACACCAAAUACAAUGACAGAAAAAAUCACCCAUGGAAAUUGUUUCGUUUUUGGAAGGGUGCUAGUCUUAGCAAAGACAUGGCUGAGAAGUGCAACCAAGUUCAUAGCCUUUGGGAAGAGGGAAAAUGUAAAAGAGGAGUGUUGGAUGCGGAACUGCCAAAGCGUGUCGUGGGAAUACGUCUAGCCAAAAUAGAUAAACCAGCACUGCACAAAUAUGUAGAAGAUGCAGUGAGUUUUCUAGAGGAUCCGAAAAUAAAAAGAAUAGGAAUCUGGGGAAUGGUGGGAACCGGGAAGACCACAAUAAUUGAACACUUGAACACUCAUGACAAUAUUAACAAAAUGUUUGAUAUGGUCAUUCGGGUAACUGUCCCAAAGGAGUGGAGCGUGGUAGGGUUCCAGCAGAAAAUCAUGGAUUGGCUGCAAUUGAAUAUGGGAAGUGCUACUGACAUCGAGGAAAAUGCACAGAUAAUAUUCGAAGAGUUGAAGAAAAAGAAGUGUUUGAUUCUUUUAGAUGAAGUUUGCCAUCCUAUUGAGUUAGAAAAUAUAAUUGGAAUCCACAACAUCAAGAACUGCAAGGUGGUGUUGGCAAGUAGAGACCUAGGCAUUUGUUGGGAGAUGAAUGUUGAUGAGGCAAUCAAUGUGAAACCAUUGUCUGAUGAUGAAGCUCUCAACAUGUUCAAGGAAAAAGUAGGCGAGUGUAUUAGUAACUUCCCAAAAGUUACACAAAUGGCCCAGGUGAUGCAAAGGACUGUUUUCUGUAUUGUGCAUUAUAUCCUGAAGGAUGUGAGAUUUAUAUACCUUCUUUGCUAGAAUGUUGGAGAGUAGAAGGUUUUAUUCAUAAUGGUGGGUAUGAAAUAUUGAGUCAUCUUAUCAACAUCUCAUUGUUAGAAAGCAGUGGGAACAAGAAAAGCGUUAAGAUGAACAAAGUGCUUCGGGAAAUGGCCCUUAAAAUAUCACAACAAAGGGAAGAUUCCAAAUUUUUAGCAAAGCCACGUGAGGGAUUGAAAGAGCCUCCAAAUCCUGAAGAAUGGAAACAGGAAUAUCGCAUCUCCUUGAUGGAUAACGAACUGCACAGUUUACCAGAAGCUCUAGACUGUUGUGAUCUUGUAACAUUGUUACUUCAAAGGAAUAAGAACUUGGUUGCCAUUCCUGAGUUCUUCUUUACAUCAAUGUGCCAUCUUCGAGUUCUGGAUUUGCAUGGCACGGGCAUCACAUCAUUACCUUCAUCUUUAUGCAACUUGAUUGGUCUUAGAGUACUUUAUCUGAAUUCUUGCAUCCAUUUGGUAGGAUUCCCAACUGACAUAGAAGCGCUUAAGCAGCUUGAGGUGCUUGAUAUCCGAGGGACUAAGCUUAGUUUAUAUCAAAUUAGAACUUUAACCUGGUUGAAGUUAUUACGAAUGUCUUUGUCUAAUUUUGGCAGGGGAAGCCAAACUCAGAACCAAUCAGGAAAUGUUUCAAGCUUUGUUUCCUUGGAAGAGUUCAGUAUUGACAUUGAUUCGUCCUUGCGAUGGUGGGCCGGGAAUGGAAAUAUUAUCGCAGAGGAGGUGGCUACCUUGAAAAAGUUGACUUCUCUUCAAUUUUGCUUCACUACAGUGCAUUGCCUUGAGUUCUUUGUCAGCUCCAGCCCAGCAUGGAAAGAUUUCUUUGUCAGGACCAGCCCAGCUUGGGAAGAUCUCUCUUUCACAUUCCAAUUUUCUCUUGGUUACCAAAACUUAACCUGCUUUCAAAUUCUAGAGUCUUUUGAAUAUCCAGGCUACAAUUGUCUGAAAUUCAUCAAUGGCGAAGGCAUUAAUCUUAUAAUCUCCAAGGUACUUGCAAAAACUCAUGCAUUUGAACUAAUUAACCACAAGGGAGUUUCAAGGCUAUCAGAUUUUGGUAUCGAGAACAUGAAUGAUCUCUUUAUUUGUUCAAUUGAAGGAUGCAAUGAAAUUGAAACCA